AAUAUUUAAAGUGAAGCAGUAAAUAAUACGUCCACAGAACGACAAUCUGUUCCUUGGAAGGAUCAUUUAAAAUGGACGUUAAAUUUUAUUGUUUAAUACUUUGUGUUCUACUAGUCGUAGACAAUGCUGUAUCAACACCGGCUACUCUCUUGAUUGACUUUUUCAAUCGUGCAAGAAACCCGUUACCCUUUGGUCAAGGCAAUGGCAAUGAUAAUAAUGUCAACAAUAUGAAUAAUAAUGGAUAUAACGGUAAUGGUAGUAAUGGAAAUCCAAAUAACGGCAAUGGAAAUAAUGGUAACCUAAAUAAAGGCAACGGAGGUAAUAGCAAUCCAAAUAAUGGCAAUGGUAGUAAUGGAAGUAAUAGCAAUCCAAAUAAAGGCAGUGGAGGAAAUGGAAAUCCAAAUAAUGACAAUGGAGGAAAUGGCAAUCCAAAUUAUGGUAAAAGUAAUGUCAAUCCAAAUAUUGGCAGUGGAGGAAAUGGCAAUCCAAAUAAUGGCAAUGGCGAAAAUGGCAAUCCAAAUAAUAGCAAUGGAAAUAAUGGCAAUGGAUUUCAGCAAAGACCACGUGGUCUCCUCGUCAGUGCAAUUGAGGACAGAUUUAAUAGAAUUUCAAAAGCGGUAAUCUCACCUUAUUAAAAUUAUAUUUUAUUAAAUACAUACUAAUAUUAUAAAAGCUUAUCAAUGUUCUCGCGUUACCCUGAGAUUGAGCAAUGAAUUUAAUUGUACAGAAUACGAAUGAACGAAUCUUCCAUAAUAAGAUGAUUCCAUGUAAUAAAAAUUGAUAUUGAACUCAGCUAAAUUUUUUUUACUAUCCCACAGGAAAUAUUAAAUAUUAAAUUACUCUUAUUGAAAUCCUAUAAAGCUUAUAAAAUAUUAAGACACACUAAUAUUAUAAAGGCAAAAGUUUGUGUGUAAGUGUGUAUGAUUUUUUCCUCCUUUGCUCUGCGGCUA